AUGGAAAACCAACAGAACGCCGAUGCUCAACGUGAUCGCUACUACGCGACAAUUCACAAGGGAAUUCCGGGACUUGCAGGCGAUAAAAUUCCAGAAACAUCCGAAGACAUAUCACCUUACGCGACAUUCCAAUUGUCGGAAGCGAGUACUUUGGCACACGGGCCCGCAAAUACGUUACUCCAUUCGUUCAUGUACCAUGAACGCGCAAUGACCGAGGGUUGUGCAUCACCUCCGCCAGCGGCUAAAAGUCGACGACGUCAUUCGCGAAAAACAGAUCCCGAAAGUGAGGAAAGCGACUCGGAUGGCGAUCAAUUGACGUCAAGUCGCACGGAGUCGUCGAAUCAGCUGGAUGCCAAGUUGAAGCACAGCAUGAGUGAACGCGAGAACGUCGUGAACCUGUACCAGAUCAAUAUCGACAAAAAGUUUCCGGGUUUGAUUUAUCACGGCACGCAAUCGAGCACGUCGUCCGACUUGUCGCCCAUGUCGGAGCAAAAAUCGUUGCCACGUCGCGGCAGACAAAGGGGAACGAUGCGAUUGCUACCACUCCAAUUGACAGCCGAAGAUACGGCAAUAACGAAUUUUGACGUGACACCCGACAGUCGUAUCGAACUAUCCGAAGCCGAAUGUGACAUUGACACACUGAAAAAGCUGAAACUUGGCAUGCGUUCAUCGCUUUGGGCACGUCCCGCAAAUCCAACGCCCGAUGGAAAUAACGCUGGCGGCGGCGGCGGAGGAGGCAACAAGCUUUCAGGCCAUCCCUCGGACUACUCGAUUGCCGUUUAA